AUGUCGGACUCCCAGACGAAGCAGUUUGGAAAGGGCCAGAGGACCAUUCCGGCUCAGAAGGCCCAGAAAUGGUAUCCCGUUGAUGAUGAGUCGCAGCCUAAGAAGGUUCGCAAGACCAUCCGUCCUACCAAGCUCCGGGAAACCCUUCAGCCUGGUACUAUCCUGAUCCUCCUCGCCGGUCGCUUCCGUGGCAAGCGUGUCAUCCUCCUCAAGCACCUUGACCAGGGUGUUCUCCUCGUUACCGGCCCCUUCAAGAUCAACGGUGUUCCUCUCAGACGGGUGAACGCUCGCUACGUGAUCGCCACUAGCAAGCGUGUGGACAUCGGCAACGUCGACCAGAGCGUUAUCGAGAAGGUCAGCGCUGCCGACUACUUCACCAAGGAGAAGAAGGCCGAGAAGAAGACCGAGGAGGCUUUCUUCAAGCAGGGAGAGAAGCCCGAGAAGAAGAAGGUUGCCAGCGCCCGUGCCAGCGACCAGAAGGCCGUCGACCAGUCCAUCCUGGCCUCCGUCAAGAAGGAGGCCUUCCUCGGCAGCUACCUCGCCAGCACCUUCAGCCUCCGGAACGGCGACAAGCCCCACGAGAUGAAGUGGUAA